AGUUAACAACCAGGUGUGUCAAUAACCUCUUUAGGUGUGUAGUCCGUCGUCCUCCUCCACCAUGGGUCCCGAAUUACUACAGAAGAAACUAGAAGAGGAGGUAGAAUACUAUAAGAAGAGCCAAAAAGAUUUGUCUAAGACCACCAAUUUAAGGUCGCAGCUUGAUGGUCAACUAAAUGAAAAUAAAGUUGUAAAAGAGGAGCUGGAUUUGAUCAAUGAAGAAAAUGUGGUAUACAAGUUAAUUGGACCAGCCCUCAUUCGUCAGGACCUGGAGGAAGCUCGGCAGAAUGUCAACAAGAGAGUAGAUUACAUACAGCAAGAGAUCAAACGUCACGACAACACAAUGGAGAAGUUGGAAAAGGAUUCUGAAAGCAAACGUGACAGCAUUGGUAAACUCCAGCAGCAGAUGCAACAGUUGAUGAUGAAACAAAUGGGGAAGUGAGUUUCAAGUGUAAGAUGCUCCCAUCAGUCAGGUCAAGUGCUGCACUGGCCUUAAAAUGGCCAGCCUGCACAAAGUGGGAGAUGUCCACACGAACGCCAUCUCAUAGCCCCUUAAGUGUUGUACUUUACAUUACAGCUUGGUCACUAGCUACUGCUUUUAAUAAAAUACCUCAUACAGUCCAUUAAAUCUGAUUACUGUAUAUUGUACUGUAUGGUAGAUUAUUGUUUUAUGUGACUGGUAUGACAAUUAUGAAUUUUUAUGGCCAACUUUCACAGUCUAUAAAUAAAUGCUUGAAAUAUUCAUAGCUCUUCAAUUUUACAUUAGUGUUUACAGAACUCACUUAUCAGUGCUUACAGUACCAAAUAAAAUAUAAUGGCUACAACUGUUUAAAGGUAUUUCACUUAUGUCCUGUUCACUAGAAUAUUCACAAGUUGUGUUUUUUGUCUUUCCUGGCAACUGUUUUCCUCUGGUAAUAAUACAUGGAUUAAUUUA